CCUGCCUUUAUAAUUUCCACACGAGAGCAUCUGGGCUCUUAUACUAACCAACAGCCAGCUUCUCCUUACACACACACACACCGACACCCUGCACUUUUUCCACCAUCUGAUUAACAACCCUGCACCCACACAGUGAUUUCUACAGGAAAACAUAAAUACACACGAAGAGGGUUUAUUAUUUUGACUACUGGAAGCCUUGCUGUGUCUCAGUUCAACUUUUGUUUUUAUUGCUGCUGGGGAAGUGCCGAUCUCAAUGCUUUGCUCUCACUCAAUGAUCCUUUAAAAAAAAGAAAGGAAAGAAAAAUAUCGCUCCCCCCUUCGAGGCGGCUGAUCUCAAAAGGCAGGAAGAGAGCAUCUGAGCAGCAGUUGCCACCGCGUAUUUUGAAAGACAUUUGUUACGUUUCAGAGCGCUGCAGCCUGUUUCCCCUCUGAAGUUGGCUCCAGCCUUAGCAGCCGCAUUGGAUCCCACAGCUUAUUGCGAGACUCCGGUAUACAAUCCGGAUCUCUGCCCCAAUAUGAUCGCGGCCCAGGCCAAGCUGGUGUAUCAUCUGAAUAAAUACUACAACGAGAAAUGCCAAGCCAGGAAAGCCGCCAUCGCCAAAACUAUCCGAGAAGUCUGCAAAGUGGUUUCGGACGUACUAAAGGAAGUGGAGGUGCAGGAGCCCCGUUUCAUCAGCUCUUUGAACGAGAUGGACAACCGCUAUGAGGGCUUGGAGGUCAUUUCUCCCACAGAGUUUGAGGUGGUCCUUUAUCUGAACCAAAUGGGAGUUUUCAACUUUGUGGACGACGGCUCUUUGCCGGGCUGCGCCGUGUUAAAGUUAAGCGAUGGGCGCAAGAGGAGCAUGUCCCUUUGGGUGGAGUUCAUCACGGCAUCCGGUUACCUUUCUGCUCGCAAAAUCCGGUCCAGAUUUCAGACUCUGGUGGCCCAAGCCGUGGAUAAAUGCAGUUACAGAGAUGUGGUAAAGAUGGUGGCUGACACGAGUGAAGUGAAACUGAGAAUCAGAGAUAGAUAUGUCGUGCAGAUCACUCCGGCUUUUAAAUGCACAGGGAUCUGGCCAAGGAGUGCUGCCCACUGGCCACUUCCCCACAUCCCCUGGCCGGGACCCAACAGGGUAGCAGAGGUCAAAGCUGAAGGAUUCAACCUUUUAUCCAAGGAGUGUCACUCUCUAGCAGGCAAGCAGAGUUCAGCCGAGAGCGAUGCCUGGGUGUUGCAGUUCGCAGAAGCGGAGAACAGACUGCAGAUGGGCGGCUGCAGAAAGAAAUGCCUCUCUAUCCUCAAAACCUUACGGGAUCGUCAUCUGGAACUGCCGGGACAACCCCUGAAUAAUUAUCACAUGAAGACUCUGGUUUCAUACGAGUGUGAAAAGCAUCCCCGUGAAUCGGACUGGGACGAGUCUUGCCUGGGCGACCGGCUCAACGGGAUUUUACUGCAACUCAUCUCCUGCCUUCAGUGCAGGAGGUGCCCACAUUACUUCUUGCCCAACUUAGACCUGUUUCAGGGAAAACCUCAUUCAGCCCUGGAAAAUGCAGCCAAACAAACUUGGCGACUGGCUAGGGAAAUACUCACCAACCCGAAAAGUUUGGAAAAACUUUAGAGGACAAUUAAAAUAUGGGCCUAACCGAUUAGUCUUCUGAUUUUCAGAUAAAGCUUAAACUUCCUGUUCGAAAAGUCAAAUAUUUCCACUUGAGAAUGCUGAUAUUAUUCUCUUUAAAAGGAAUAUUGCUUAGGCUCUUCACACACACAGACACACACACACUCACAACAACAAACACUAUGACAUGUCUUCAUCACAGUUUUGAAAUUCCCCCUGAAAAAUGUAUCUUAACACCCGGAAACAAAUUCGGCUGUAAUUUAACAUGAUUGUGACCAUUCUGCCUAGAAACGGCACCAAUGGAUUAUAACAAAAACCCGGUAUUUUUAUGUAAAUCCCUCUGUGAGUAAAAGCUAUUUGGAUAUGCCAUCUGAACAAAACCCUAAUGUACAUUUUAAUUUGUAUCAAAUAUUGUGAUCUCACAUUGUCUUUGAAAUUGUGGAUGUUGGUGUUUUGUGAUUUGGUGAACAGAAGUUAAAUUGCCAUUUCGGAUACUUCAGGACAUUUUCUGCUAAAGAAGAUACCAUUUAAAAAGGUAGAUUUUAUCAUGGUACUUUUGUUAACUGUCUUUUGAAGUGUCUGAACUUGAAAGUUUACAUUUUUCGUUUCAUAUAUAUUGCUUGUUCUAUUUCUAACAUUCCAUAAAUAUACUUGAAAUGUUAUUUAAAUAUAUUCAAAAGAAAUUUGGAUUCUGCUUAUAUAAUAACGCUUGAAUAUUGGAAUUAUAUAUUUGAAAAAUGCACUUGAAAUACACUGGAUAAUGACUUUUUGUGAUUUAGAUUUUAAUUUCUGUUGCUGAUUUUAUUUAAUUACAAGCUAAUAAAUGAAGUAAAAUAAAUAUUGUUAAGCGUUUCAAAACUGCAUCAAGUUUUCUAUUUGAAAAUCAGGCCAAUGUAAUGUUUUGCAAAUCAUAAGGGAGCAGCCCUUUUCCUACUGACUAGUUUUGUAGGAGAAGAAAAUGUUGGUAUAUCAUAUGCACCACAAUUUCGUGUGGUAAUUAACAGAGCAACACUU